AUGGCCGAUGUGACCAACGGAAACAGUGCCAUCUUGGACGAGAAGCUGUCGCGCCUGUCUAAGAAGCCCGGCGUCAAGGCCAGCAUCGUCAUUGACAGGGGGAGCGGCUCGAUCCUCAAGACGAGCGGUGACAUCUCGGUGCUGGGGACGACACAGUCGCGGACGGCCUCGACGGCAGCGUCCUUCUCAAACGAGCCGGCAGCGGCCGAGGAGAGUACCUCUAAGGGCAUCGACGACUUUGCGGCCAUGAUCUGGAAGUUUGUCAACAGCUCGGGUGAGAUGGUGGAGGAAAUGGACAAAGAUGACGAGCUGCGACUGCUGCGACUACGAACGAAGAAGCACGAGAUCGUCAUUGUGCUGGACCCAAAAUACCUCUUGACAGUCAUCCACGAUACCCCUACUUCUUGA